GAGGAGACGCAGUCAGAAGAGGAGGAGGAGGAGGAGGAGGAGGGACAGGGACAGCCACAGCCACAGCCAGGACAAACAACGCUGACAACACCGAGCACCACUCCGUCGUGACAGCGUCUGUAAACAGCGCGGACACACCCGGUGGACUGUUUUUUCAUCCCAUGUAUUUAUAGAAACAGCCCGUCGUCACCAUGACAGCGGAGGAAACCAUAAAUGUGAAGGAGGUGGAGAUCAUCAAGGGGAUCCUGGACUUUCUCAACUCCAGGAAGUUGCACAUCAGCAUGUUGGCUCUGGAGAAGGAGAGCGGUGUCAUCAACGGGCUCUACUCAGACGACAUGCUCUUCCUCAGGCAACUGGUGCUUGAUGGCCAGUGGGAUGAGGUCUUGCAGUUCAUUCAACCUUUGGAGUGCAUGGAUAAGUUUGACGGAAAAAGGUUUCGUUACAUUAUCCUCAAGCAGAAGUUUCUGGAGGCUCUGUGUGUGAACAACGCCAUGUCUGCAGAAGCUGAGCCACAGCAUUUGGAGUUCACUAUGCAGGAAGCAGUCAAGUGUCUCCAUGCCCUGGAGGAGUUCUGUCCCUCUAAAGACGACUACAGCAAACUGUGUCUGCUCCUCACACUGCCUCGCCUCACAAACCAUGCUGAGUUCAAGGAUUGGAACCCGAGCACGGCCAGGGUGCAGUGUUUUGAUGAGGCCUGCAAUAUGGUAGCGGAUUUCAUCCCUGCAGACAGGAAGCUGAGUGAGGCUGGAUUCAAGGCCAGUAGGGACCGACUCUUCCAGCUGCUCCUUAAGGGAGUCCUCUACGAGUGCUGUGUGGAGUUCUGCCAGAGCAAGGCUACAGGGGAGGAAAUCACAGAGGGCGAGGUCCUCCUGGGUGUUGACAUGCUCUGUGGUAACGGCUGUGACGACCUGGACCUGUCUCUGCUCUCCUGGAUGCAGAACCUCUCCCACAACGUCUUCUCCUGCGCCUUCGAACAGAAGCAACUCAACAUCCACGUGGACCGCUUGGUCAAGCCCACGAAGACCGGCUACUCUGACCUCCUCACCCCGCUCAUCAGCAAACUGUCUCCGUACCCGUCCUCCCCGCUGCGGCGCCCCCAGUCCGCUGAUACCUACAUGUCACGCUCCUUGAACCCCGCGUUGGACGGGUUGUCUUUCGGACUGUCUGGCCAAGACAAGAGAGUGAGUGCCGGGGGGGAGGCAGCGCCAGGCAAAGGGGUCUCUCCCAUGUCCCACUCCUUUGCCAACUUUCACUACCCCGGAGCAGGAGGGCAGAACCUGACCAGGAGUCUCAUGAUGGAGAGCUCUGACUGCCACAGCAUCUUUGAGGAAUCCCCUGAAACGUCAAGGACAGAAACGCCUGUGGAUAAGAUGAUGGGUUCGGGUGGAGCUCAGAACCUGCGUCCUGCCUCGGCUCCGGGCGAGGACGCUCCAUCAGCUGGCUCCGCUGACAGGAACGAGCUUCGUGACUCAACAGAGAAGUAUGAGGAGUACUAUCGGCAGCGCCUUCGUGUGCAGCAGCACCUGGAGCAGAAGCAGCAGCAGAGGCAGCUGUACCAGCAGAUGCUGCUGGAGGGAGGGGUGCAGCAGGAGCCCCCGCCCAGCGACAUGCAGCACAGCCUCACAGAGAAGUUCCUCAACAGGUCCAUCCAGAAGCUGGAGGAGCUCAAUGUGGGGAUGGAGGAUCUGGAAGAGGAGGUGAAGUCUCUGGCGCAGCAGUGUAAUGGCAACGGGAACACGCCCGCCUCCGAGGACAAUAACAAUCCUCCAUCUGUGACGCCGGAGCAGACCCGAGGGGGAGGGGUGCUCAGCAGCACCCCGCAACGCACCGUGGGGGGGCGCCCGGUUGAGCCUCCAAAUGAGUCCCCUGUCGUCUCCCAGAGUGAGCAGAAACAGAAAGGAAGUCAACAGUGUGACUCUCCAGGCUCCUUAUCCAGAAGUAAAGAGGGCGACAAGCCUAAAAGCCUGUUUGUGCCAGUGCACACUUUAGAAGAUACUCAAGCUAUUCGAGCCGUUGCCUUUCACCCGUCUGGAUCGCUCUACGCUGUCGGAUCCAACUCCAAAACUCUACGUGUCUGUGCUUAUCCAGAAACAUUAGACACAAGUGGUUCAAGUCCAAUAAAGCAGCCCGUCGUCCGCUUCAAAAGGAACAAACACCACAAAGGGUCCAUCUACUGCGCGGCCUGGAGCCACUGUGGGCAGCUGCUGGCUACAGGCUCCAACGACAAAUAUGUCAAAGUCUUACCUUUUAGUGCAGAGACAUGCAACGCCACAGGCCCGGACUUGGAGUUCAGCAUGCAUGACGGCACCAUCAGAGACCUGGCCUUCAUGGAAGGUCCAGAAAGUGGAGGAGCCAUCUUGAUCAGCGCCGGAGCUGGAGAUUGUAACAUCUACACCACGGAUUGUCAGAGAGGACAGGGUCUGCACGCCCUCAGCGGACACACAGGUCACAUCCUGUCUCUGUAUACGUGGGGAGGCUGGAUGAUCGCCUCUGGCUCUCAAGACAAGACGGUGCGUUUCUGGGACCUCAGGGUGCCCAGCUGUGUCCGAGUAGUGGGAACUGCUUUCCAUGGCUCAGGCAGUCCUGUUGCCUCGGUAGCAGUCGAUCCUAGUGGCCGUCUCCUAGCAACAGGACAGGAAGACAGUGCAUGCAUGCUGUAUGACAUCAGAGGAGGACGAAUCGUCCAGGUGUACCGGCCGCACUCCAGUGACGUGAGAUCCAUCAGGUUCUCCCCUGGAGCACACUACCUGCUCACCGGCUCCUACGACACAAAGGUCAUCGUCUCCAACCUCCAAGGUGACCUGACCAAGCCGCUGCCUCAGACCGUGGUGGGAGAGCACGGCGACAAGGUGAUCCAAUGUCGAUGGCACACACAUGACCUGUCCUUCCUCUCGUCCUCUGCUGACCGCACUGUCACACUCUGGACA